AGAGCGACGAUUUCACUGCACAACGCUACGCACUAACACCGCAAUAAUAGUCCGGAAGUGCUGAUUUUUGUCACUUCAAAGCCAGGAAAAAAACAAUUAAAAGUAAUCAAUGUUGUUUUUCUUUUUCAGUAAUUUUUUCGGUUUUGUGGUAAGAUGAUGUCAUUACAAGCAUAUAACAAGUCUCAUAGGGGUCUGUAGGGAGAAAAGUGAAAAAAGACGAAAAAAAUAAAUAAAUGGAAACGCCAAAAUGGAAAUUCACUGCGAUCUCAAGGUCCCAAAACUGCUGCGUCCUGAAGGGGUUAAAAUCUGAAAUCCUCUUGAAUUCUGAGGAGAUUUUUGUCCCGGACAGACUCGACCAAUCACAUCUUACCACAGCCCCAUGAGAAAUGAAAGCUGAGCUGUGAUUGGUUGGUGAUCACGUGGAUAAUUCGUCCUGACUCCGUACAAGGUCCCGUCCUAUAGACAGAACAUCCCUGCAGAAGCUUCUCCUCCUUUCUACCUGUGGUACUACAAGCACCAGCACCCCCGCGGUCACCUCUUGUGGGGCAGAUAAUGAUGACCCCGCCUCACCUGCCGCUCCCGCCUCCUCCCGGAACCAAUGACCCGCGCUCUUGUAGCAGCCGGAUGAGGGAGAGGAUACACAACCCGGAAGUGCCUGCGCACCAGCUGUCCGGGCGGCGGUCCGGGUGCUCUGACGGAGAUGCCUCCUAAACCGCGAAGCGCCAAAGUCACUUUUGUGACCACGAAGCCGAGCGGCAAUAUCAGCGUACGGAAACGUAAGAAGCGAAACUCCGGAGAACAGACGUCCGGGAAAAGAGCACGGCCCAGUUCUCCUGAGGGCGCAGUGAUGCGGCUGAUGAAAGGGAAGAACGCCGGCCCCCUGCAGGCGGAGGUCCUCCAGCUGGUAGAGAGCUGCAUUAACACCGCCAUGCUGUCGGUGCUGAGCAAGAAAAAAGUGCCAUCCUUUGAAUCCAUACAAGGCCACCUGUCUGUCCUCAAGAAAAGGCUCCUCCAGCUCUGUAAGGACAUGAGAGUCCCUGCAACCAAACUGGGCAAACUGAAGAACCUGGAGAGGGACAUCCAGGAAGAGAAGCGCAAGAUGGCCGAGUACGAGGAAACUCUGGAGCUGCUGAAUCAAGAUAUAGAAGAAGCUGUGGAGGCCGCGAAAGAGAUGGAAGAGUCCACAGCGUCGCUGGAAGAGAAGAUGGAGACCCUGAGGGAACAAGCAGCAGACAUGUCCUCCUCUCUGGAGGAGACCUUAUCGAAUACGGACCCCCUGCAGCUUCCACCGACCACCUUCCAGGCUCCUACAAUGCAGGAUCGGGUUAGAAAGCUACAGAACCCUGAAUUAAUCCUGAAGGAGCUCACUCAGGUCCAGGGAAACCCCGUCUACAAAAACCUGCAGACUCUUCUCCCGAUGUGCUACACGGAGAUCUCCACCCUGUGAGCGGCACCGGGGGGACACGGAGAUCUCCACCCUGUAAGGGGCUACAGAGUACACAGAUUUCAACCCUGUAAGGGGCUACAGAGUACACUGAGAUCUCCACCCUGUGAGCGGCACCGGGGGGACACGGAGAUCUCCACCCUGUGAGCGGCACCGGGGGGACACGGAGAUCUCCACCCUGGGAGCGGCCCCGGGGGAAACGGAGAUCUCCUCCCUUUAAGGGGCUACAGAGUACACUCAGAUCUCCACCCUGUAAGCAGCUGUGGGGGACAUGAAGGUCUCCUCCCUAUGAGCAGCUGCGGGGGACACGGAGGGCUUCACCCUGUGAGCGGCUGCGGGGGACACGGAGGGCUUCAUCCUGUGAGUGGCUGCGGGGGACACGGAGGUCUUCACCCUGUGAGCGGCUGCGGGGGGACACUGCUUGGUCAUCCCUGUAAUAUAAAUAAGUAUAGUUGUUUUGUCUUUUAAUGUUCUAUUAUUUUAUAUCAAUAAAGUUGACUCUGGUCUUGGUGCCUUUUUAUUCUUCUGCUAGGGAAGGUUGUUCCAGGGCUUCCAUAGGGAUAUUUGCAGGGACAGUGAAGUUUAGUGUUGUCCGGUGUUCAGGGUAAGAUUAGUAUCAUCAUCCAUUCUGUCAUCUUCAGUUCCAGUUCUUCUGAUUCUGAUAAAUGCUUUAUAUGUUUUUUUGUUUUUCUUGCGAUUGUUUGUCAUUCUAUUUGACCCUACUGUAAGUCCUAGGGGUAUCUGAGUACUGGGAGCCAUUGUUGUGGUGCAGGAAAGGGGAAUUCUGCCCACUUCUGACAUCUAGUGACCUGACCUUAAAGGGGUACUCCGCUGCUCAGAACGCUGGAGCCGGCGCCAGGAGCUUGUGACAUCAUAGCCCCGCCCCCUCAUGAAGUCACGCCCGGCACACUCAAUGCAAGUUUAUGGAAGGCGGUGUAACAGCUGUCACGCCCCCUCCCAUAGACUUGCAUUGAGGGAGUGGGGCGUGACGUCAUGAGGGGGCGGGGCUAUGACGUCACAAGCUGCCGGCUCCAGCAUUCAGAACAGUUUGCUCCAAACGCUGAGUAGCGGAGUACCCCUUUACAUGUCUCUUUAUCGUCAUCUGUCCCUCACAUUGUCGCUAAAGUUAUUCCAUUCACAUUCAGUUUAAUCUCCAGUGGGUGGGGACUGGUUGUGUAGUUUUCUCUUUAUCAGUGCGGUGUUGUCUCAGCAUCUCUCUCCUGACAGGUAGUUGUGUAGUCCUCUCCUUGUUAGUGGGUUGGCGUUUCAGCAGAUCCCUGACUCCUCUCUCCCUCUCCUGACAGGAAGUUGUGUAGUCCUCUCAUUGUUAGUGCGAUUUUGUCUCAGUAGCUCCUUCUUUUCUCCCAAGACACCAACAUCCCCUGCUGUCUCAGGAGAGGCAGGAUCUUGUCUUUAUGAUCUAUCCUUACCCCCUCCGUGGUGUCACGACCUCUGAGAAUGAGGUGUGGUUACAGCAUGCAGCCUUGUGCUGAGCAAUGUCACAGACAGGGAAUGAAUACAGCAGGUGCUGCAACCCCACUGAUUGUAUGAUAGUCUGCUGUGAAAUAAGAUGUUCUGCAGCAGCUAGGGGAUAAGUUAUAGGUCAAGGGGGAUCCUAGUGCUGGGGCCCCCCGGGAUCUCCUGGAAAGGGGUCGCGGCAGUGACUGUGACAGUGCAAGAGCCCGAAGCUGCACUAGGUGAUGGCGACAAACUCGUUUCGUGGAGACCCGCUUCCUCCGGCCUGAGGCCUGAGGAAGCGGGUCACCACAAAACAAGCUUGUCGCCAUCCCCCCGUGAUCACAGCUUCGGCUGUUGCGGUUUUUGCUCCCUGUCCAGCUGUGAGCCAGCGUCUUUUAAUAGGAAGCAAUAAAGUUUUUUUCUUUAUAGGUCAUCAAUGUGUACAAUGCCCUUCCUUAAGUAUAUCUUACUGACCAAUCCCCAGUCUGUGAGAUGUCAGCUGACCCCAUACCGAGUAUUCAAUAUGCGAACCAUAUGGGCAUUGUACACAUUGACCAUGCUCCGGAAGAAGCCGGUCUUUGGCGAAACGUCGGGGUGGUGAGGGCCCAUGCUCCAAUACCUUUUUGUCCACUUGGUAAUUUAUAUUGUUUUUUAUAUGUACUCUAUGUAAUGUGCUGCUGUGUAACUGUUAUGUGAGCCCUUACUUUGGUGCCAGUGUUAUACUGUCCCUCCAUGUCCCUGGCUUUUCAGGGUACAA